UGCUGGGGCAGAAUGGUUCGAGGCUGAACGUAAGGUUGGAUGAGCUGAUCCUAGAUCAGAUACCGACAGCACCUUCCACUUCGGGCAGCCAGUGUCGUGGUCCCGACGUGCUGUCCUCCUCCAGCAGGGUUUGAGUCCGUUGGUGGCGGGGACAAUUAGACGAGAGUGCCGCCGUUUCUUCAUGUCGCUGCCACCGUCGCAACCGUGGGAGCCGUUAAUGAAAACAAGAGGCGAUUUUAUGAGCUGUGGGGGGGUGUCUGCAAUCCGAAACUCUUUGGGUUUCGCUCCGUAAAUAGGGAAUGAACGACGAGAAAACGCCGGGCAGCUGCAAGAGAAACUCUGGGUGUUCCAGUAUUGAGCAAAUGCUGGCCGUGAACCCUGGGAAAACGCCCAUCAGUCUGCUGCAGGAGUAUGGAACGCGGAUAGGCAAGACCCCGGUGUACGACCUGCUGAAGGCGGAAGGACAGGCUCACCAACCCAACUUUACUUUCCGCGUGUCCGUGGGCGAAAUCAGCUGCACCGGCCAGGGGCCCAGCAAGAAGGCGGCGAAGCACAAAGCAGCCGAAGCGGCCCUCAAGAUGAUGAAGGGAGGGAUGGGGGGAGCAGGUGGAGGAGGGGAGCUCGGAGGAGGAGUGGCUGGGGCGGAGGUGCCCGUUGAAGGGGCGAGCUCUCAUUCAGAGGCGAAGGUGUCCAGCUCCACACAGCAAGCAGAAUGCAACCCUGUUGGGGCUCUGCAGGAGCUGGUGGUGCAGAAAGGGUGGCGUUUGCCAGAGUACACCGUCACUCAGGAGUCGGGCCCCGCACACCGUAAGGAGUUCACCAUGACCUGCCGCGUGGAGCGCUUUGUGGAGAUCGGCAGCGGCACGUCUAAGAAGCUGGCCAAGCGGAACGCCGCGGCAAAGAUGCUCUCUCGAAUCCACGACGUCCCGGUGGACCUGCGCAGUAGUCACGAGGCCGAAGCCGAGGACGACACCUUCAACAUGCAGAUGGGGGGCAGGAUGGAGGGCGGUAAGGGGGGUAAGGGUUUGGGCUGCACCUGGGACUCCCUGCGUAACUCUGCGGGGGAGAAGAUCCUGCAGCUGCGGAGCCACCCGCUGGGCCUGCCCAGCUCCAACUUCUGCUCCCUGCUGAGCGAGCUGUCUGAGGAGCAGCGCUUCCACGUCAGCUACCUGGACCUGGAGGAGCGCAGUCUCAGCGGGGUUUGCCAGUGUUUAGUGGAGCUCUCCACUCAGCCAAUCACGGUCUGCCACGGCUUUGCACCCAAUCAGGACGCAGCUCGCUCCAGCGCCGCCCACAACGCCUUGCAGUACCUGAAGAUCAUGGCUGGUGGGAAGUGAAUGAUCUCUCCCUCUCCCUCUCUCUCUCUCCCCCUGCUCCCUCCCUCUCUCCCUCCCUCUCCCUCUCUCUCCCUCUCCCUCUCUCCCUCUCCCUCUCCCUCUCUCUCUCUGCGCCUCACUUCCUGUCUCUCUCAACGUCCGCAUUGUCUUUGCCAUCGCUUGGGUAAGAGGAAGUGACAUCGCGCUGUUGGCUUCGGCUGCCCCACCCUGUCCGCUCCUCACUUACCAAAACACAGGACUCUGGGCACAGGUGCCCACUACAGUCAGAGAAUAGUGAAGGACCCCCUCCUCCCAUUCCCACUGCCUUUACAGUGUUUAAACAGCAGGGGGCGGCAGUGAGCCCUGUACUGCCCUCCUCCAGACGUGCCCUCUGUUUGAGAGUGUUUGUGGAGGUGAGCUGUGAGGGCCAUGAUUUUAAGGUGAAUAUGCUUUACCUCCCUCCUUAAACAGGCAGAUCACUUUCUCACGUUUUUAGAUGUUAUUUCAUUUUUUUGGGUUUUGGUUGGCUCAGAACAUUUUGUGUGUUUCGAAGGGUAUUUUAAAUAUUUAGAGAAGUUUCUUACAACCUGCCAGCUUUACUGGGGUGGGUAUAGGGCAUUAUGGGAUUUGUAGUCUAAAUACACUUCCGAACAACUCCAACAGAUGAAUCUUACUUUCCAUUUGAACUGAGACUGCAGGAAAGAAGUGCCAGAGCAAAUGUUUAUAUUUUUUAUUCUGAAUAAGUGCUAUACAAGUAAUAUGUUAAUGUGUACGGCCCCUGGACUUUUGAGCUGCCAUGAAGUGCAAUGCCUUGUUUUGGACUGCAAGCCCCAGAAUGCUCUUUAUAGCAGUCAUUUUAAAGGUUGUCAGAAAGUUCAAAAGUAUAUAACAUAUUCUUCUUUUUCUAGUCCAGUUAAAAACAUACACUGAAAGCGAAAUAAUAUAUUUUAAAAAUAUAUUUUAAAAAGUGAACUAUCCCACUAAAGGCUGCAGACACUGCGGCCCACCAGGACUGGAGCUAAACCUGCAGACACUGCGGCCCUCCAGGACUGGAGCUAAACCUGCAGACACUGCGGCCCUCCAGGACUGGAGUUUAACCUGCAGACACUGCGGCCCUCUAGGACUGGAGUUAAACCUGCAGACACUGCGGCCCUCCAGGACUGGAGCUAAACCUGCAGACACUGCGGCCCUCCAGGACUGGACUUAAACCUGCAGGCACUGUGGCCCUCCAGGACUGGAGUUAAACCUGCAGACACUGCGGCCCUCCAGGACUGGAGCUAAACCUGCAGACACUGCGGCCCUCCAGGACUGGAGUUAAACCUGCAGACACUGCGGCCCUCCAGGACUGGAGCUAAACCUGCAGACACUGCGGCCCUCCAGGACUGGAGUUAAACCUGCAGACACUGCGGCCCUCCAGGACUGGAGUUAAAACUGCAGACACUGCGGCCCUCCAGGACUGGAGUUAAACCUGCAGACACUGCGGCCCUCCAGGACUGGAGCUAAACCUGCAGACACUGCGGCCCUCCAGGACUGGAGUUAAACCUGCAGACACCCUUCACCCCUCAAAGACUUAAGGAGGUGCAAUAAUAUAAAGGACAGAGAACCUUACAAGUGCAUUAGGAUGUUCAGAAUUUCCGCUUUUAUUUUCUGGUAUUUACACCUACAUGAGUUAAACUACUUAGAACAUAGCACCACCCCAUUUUUAGGUGAGCAAAAGUUUUGGAACAGAAUAUUUAAGUAAAUGAAAGUAAAUAACACUUAAUAUUUGGUAGCAUAUCCCUUGCUUGCAAUAACUGUAUCAAGCCUGUGACCCAGUGACAUCCCCAAAGUGUUGCAUUCUUCUUUUGUGAUCCUUUUCCAGGCUUUUACUGCAGCCUCUUUCAGUUGUUGUUUGUUUUGAGGGGCUUUUGCCUUCAAUCUCCUCUUCAGGAGGUGAAAUGCUGAAUUGGGUUAAGGUCUGGUGAUUGACUUGGCCAGUCUAAAACCAAAGCAGAAGCAGCCAUGCAAGCCCAAGCCAUGACACUUCCUCCACCGUGCUUCACUGAUGAGCUUGUAUGUUUUGGAUCAUGAGCAGAUCCCUUCUAUCUCCUCACUUUGUCCUUUCCAUCACUUUAGUAGAGAUUAAUCAUGGCCUCUUCAGUCCAUAAAACUUUGGUCCAGAACUUUUGUGGCUCAUGUCUGUACUUUUAGCUCACCUUGCCUACUGAUUCUUACUACUGAUGAGUGGUUUGCAUCUUGUGGUAUAGCCUCUAUAUUGCUACUCUCUAAAUCUUCUUCAAACGGUUGAUUGAGAUACCUUCACCCCUGCCCUGUGGAGAUUGUGAUGUCACUGACAGAUGGGUGACAGAUGUUUUGGGGUUUUUCUUAACAGCUCUCAUCAACUGCUGUUGUUUUCCUUGGUCGACCUGUUUGAUGGCCGUUGCUCAGUACGCCAACGGUUUCUUUAUUUUUCAGGACAUUCCAAGCUGUACAACCUUUAUCACCCAACGCUUGAGCAAUGCCUCUGAUUCUCCCUCUUUUCUAAGCAUCAAAAUGGCUUGCUUUUCUCCCUCUCUGGUCAUUAUCUUUUUUAACAGAAAUGCAGUCUUCCCAGGCAAAAGCCAAGGCUAAAACCAAGAGUAGACAUUCAGAACAAUUUAUUGUUUAACCAAUCAAUCGAACAGGACACUUCUGGGUAUCAAGAAACACCUGUCAGUUGCAUGCCCCAAUACUUUUCCUCACCUACAAAAUUGGGUGGUCUGAUACAAAAGGUGAUAUGUUCUAAAUUGUUUAACAAAUCUAGAUUAAAACUCCAGGAAAUAAAAUCUGAAAUUCGGAUUUGUCAUCUCAUGUUCACCUGACCUCAAACUCCAGUGUUGAGCAAAAACAAAGGAAUUGACCUUGCUGUUCCAAUCCUUUGGAGGGCACUGUAGAUGGUUUCAGGUUUCCACGCACUCAGCAAAUAGCUAGCGCCCCACUGAUUUCACCUCUCAGUUUUCUAACUUUCAGUUGGAAUUAUUUACCAUACUGUAUAUACACCACUAAGUGAAAGCAUAAACUGGUCUGACCGACUGAUAUUCCUGGGAUGUGAAUAUGGGACAUUGAUUCUUUAAGUCACACAUAGCUGCUUCUGACAUAUUGUGACGAAGUGGGUAAAUGGUCCUUCAAUAUUCUGUAAACAUGUAAAAAAUUGAUAACAAUUAGCAGCAUUUUACAAUACAGAGCUUGUUACUAAUGUUGGAACAAAAUGCAUACACAGUGGGUCCCGAGGACCUGGGCCAGGAAACACGACUGUAUGACUAAGAGGCCAUACUGUAAGAUACUGUAUGACUCAGAGGCCAUACUGUAAGAUACUGUAUGACUGAGAGGCCAUACUGUAAGAUACUGUAUGACUCAGAGGCCAUACUGUAAGAUACUGUAUGACUCAGAGGCCAUACUGUAAGAUACUGUAUGACUGAGAGGCCAUACUGUAAGAUACUGUAUGACUGAGAGGCCGUACUGUAAGAUACUGUAUGACUCAGAGGCCAUACUGUAAGAUGCUGUAUGACUGAGAGGCCAUACUGUAAGAUACUGUAUGACUCAGAGGCCAUACUGUAAGAUGCUGUAUGACUCCUCCAUAAGCCGCUGGUGGGAAACGGAUGCAGAAUUAAUGAAGGUUCUGUAUGUUAUGAAUAAAUAUGAAUAUUGAAGCAAUACUGAGAUGAUCAGUCUAGGAAUAAUACAAUCCAUUUUCUCAGAUAUAUUUUGUUGUUGACGCCAUAGUCCGCUCUAUCGAGUAAUAAAUGGUGCUAGUUUGAUAUUUGCAAAUUUAUACUGAGGAUGGACAUCAUGCAACCCUGGCUAGGGAGUGGUGGAGAUUAUAAUUAUCUUUUUAUUCUGUGCUCUUAAUUGUAUAAUUGUGUCUGUUAUGAAAUGAAAUGUAUCCAUAGGAUGGCAUGUAUUGUGAAAUAAUUGGUACCUCCAGUGCAUGGCCACCUGUAUUUAUUUGGUGUCAUGGUUACUACAGGUAUGUAGUUACUGGUUUAGAUGGAACAAAAAUUUAAAUAUCUCCUGCAAUUCAGGACCAGGGUUAAUAAUCCUGAUGUAUUAUGAAUGUUCAAACAUUGCGUAUACCUCUGAAGGUUUAUCACUCAUGUUUUGGAGUUGAAGUGAGUAUAUUGACUCUGUUGUUGGAAAGUGUGUCUGCUUGUACAUGUAGGCCACACAGGAGGGCAACACUGCGGUGGGAGGGGUUUUAUGUGAUUAGGGUCCAAUUGUACAUGUAGGCCACAGAAGACUCAGAGUGCAGUAUUUACUGUGACAUGUAAAUCCGGCCCACUGGCUGAUGGCUCCCAUUGGCUCUCCACUGGAGCACUCUGUACUAAGGCAAACUCUGAUUGGCUCUGUACUGGACACUCCUAUUGGGUCUUUUAUUUCAUUUAUUUUCAAAUGUAAAAUUGAAUAAGGCUUGUGUGGAACAAGAGCCCAUGUUUUUAUAAAUGAUGUAUGUUUUGGGUGAGUGUUGUUCUUUUUUAGAUAAAAUGUUCAUUUCAUAGUGAAAGCCAGGUCUGCUUUGUCUGGAAAUAAAAAUGGCAUUUAAAUAAA